AUGGCAUUUUGGACAUUGUUGAAAUCCAUUUCCUGGUUUAGUUUGUUUUGGCUCGCAAGCGUCUGGAGUAUAGUUGAAGCGCAUCCGCUAGAAUCGGGCCCAGGAAUAGAGGUUAUACCGGCAGCAUUUUCCGAGGACGAUACGCCUAAAUACGUCGUAGUUGAUGAAGGCAAAGUGUCAAACACUAACGAUCUUCAGCAGUCUGUGGUGACUGUACCGGAAGUACAGCAGCCUCAAAACGUCCAGUAUAACGUCCAACUGCCCGUGACACAAGCACCCCAGAUCAUCCAAUACCAACAACCAGUAACCCAACCGCCACAGGUUAUCCAGUAUCAACAGCCAGCGACGCAACAAUCACAGUACCAGUAUGUACAACCUCAGCCAAUGUACCAGCAACCGUCGGGCUACUACCAACCUCAACCACAAACAGUGCAAUAUCCUGGACCUGCUAGUACGCCCUAUUACGGUGCGCCGCCACCAGGUUACUCACCGUACGGAUCAGCUCAGCCCGGUCCCGUCUAUCCAACCCCAAUCGGAGAGAGAGGUGGGUUUUUGAGUAGCUUCGCAGGACCAAGCAGCGGUUCACGAUACUCACCGUUCAGUGGCUCACUGCCGUCCGGAUUAUCUACUGGAGCAACCUUACUUGGCGCUGCUUUACUGUAA